AGCCGUUAACAGCCGCGGCGGCCGUGUCCGGGGGCGGUAUGAGUGGCGGCCGGGGCCCAGCAGUGGGGCCGGGGCUGCUGGCGGCGCUGAGCUGCCUGUGGGCGGCUGGCCAGGCCCAGCUUAUAGGAGUCCUGGAUGAUUGCCAGUGUGAUAUAGAAAGCAUUGAUGACUUCAAUACUUACAAGAUUUUCCCCAAAAUACAGAAACUGCAAGAACGCGACUACUUCAGAUAUUACAAGGUUAAUCUUAAGAGACCAUGUCCUUUCUGGGCUGAUGAUGGCCACUGUUCUAUUAAAGAUUGUCAUGUAGAACCUUGUCCUGAGAGUAAAGUCCCAAUUGGAAUUAAAGCUGGGAGCGCUAAUAAAUACUCAAAAGCGGCAAAUAACACCAAAGAGUUGGAAGACUGUGAACAAGCUAACAAACUAGGAGCAGUGAACAGUACAUUAAGUAACCAAAGUAAAGAGGCUUUCAUUGACUGGGCAAGAUAUGAUGAUUCACAGGACCAUUUUUGUGAACUUGAUGAUGAGAGAUCUCCAGAUGCCCAAUAUGUGGAUUUGCUGCUGAAUCCAGAACGUUAUACUGGAUACAAAGGGCCUUCUGCAUGGAGAGUGUGGAACAGCAUCUAUGAAGAAAACUGCUUCAAGCCUCGAUCUGUCUAUCGUCCUUUAAAUCCGCUGGCACCUAGCAGAGGAGAAGAUGAUGGUGAAGGCUUCUAUACAUGGCUAGAAGGUCUUUGUCUGGAGAAAAGAGUAUUCUAUAAACUUAUUUCUGGACUUCACGCUAGCAUCAAUUUACAUCUAUGUGCGAAAUCUCUUCUUGAAGAAACCUGGGGAAAGCCUAGCUGGGGACCUAAUGUAAAAGAGUUCGUUCGUCGCUUUGAUUCUACUGAAACAAAAGGAGAAGGGCUAAGAAGGCUCAAAAACUUAUAUUUCUUAUAUUUGAUUGAGCUACGUGCUUUGUCAAAGGUUGCACCAUACUUUGAGCGUUCAAUUGUAGACCUUUACACUGGAAAUGUCAACGAGGAUGCUGAAUCUAAAGCCCUCUUGUUGGAUAUCUUCAGAGACACAAAGUCUUUCACUAUGCACUUUGAUGAAAAGUCCAUGUUUGCGGGAGAUAAAAAAGGGGCCAAAUCACUGAAGGAAGAAUUCCGGCUUCAUUUCAAGAACAUAUCCCGCAUAAUGGAUUGUGUUGGCUGUGAUAAAUGCAGAUUAUGGGGCAAACUGCAGACUCAAGGAUUAGGAACUGCCUUAAAGAUUUUAUUCUCUGAAAGAGAAAUACAGAACCUUCCUGAGAAUAGUCCAUCCAAAGGCUUUCAACUGACACGUCAAGAAAUAGUUGCUCUUGUAAACGCAUUUGGAAGGCUUUCAACGAGUAUAAAAGAAUUGCAGAAUUUUAAAGUGUUAUUACAGCAUACUAGGUAAUGAAGGCUUUUGCUCAUCCUGGUAGUGAUGACCAUUAAAUGACUGCAUCAAGCAGAAAGACAAAACAAUCCUUACAGGACUGGUUAUGAACUGAAAAAAAUCAAAUACCAACUUGAAUAUUUAUGUUGUUUCAAAUGGAAAUGGUUAUUAAUUAGAAAAGAUAUUUAUGAAUGACAUGUAUAGUUUUUAAACAUGUAAAUUAUGCUGACCUCCUGUCCACUUUCUCUGCUCAUCAUUUACCAGUAUAUAAAUGUUUUCUUUAGUUCAUUCUUUCAUUCAAAAACAACUGUUUAACAUGAAAUUACUAUACCUUCAUCCCGACUGCAGUGUUGAUGUGAAUAAACUUGCCCUACCACCAAGAGGAAAACACCAGGUGGUCCUUCUUUUUAAAUCAUGGGUAUCAAUAUAUUCUAAGGACCAGAUACCAACUGAGUCUAAUCCUGUAGAAGGAAAUCCUUCUUUUCCUUUUAAGCUCUUGCUUUUAUUUCCUUGCAUUAAAUUUUUGAAAAAAGUGGGAAACUGAAUUGAAUCUGUUUUCUACUGUGACAGCCUUAUCAGCCUGUUGAUGCCAACUAUUUUCUCCACUGUUUGUAAACUUUGAUUUUUUUUUUUUAAACAUACAUGUACGUAACUGCCUUGUCACUGGUGGAGCAAGAGAGGAAGUAACUUUUACCAAUCCCUUAACUCUGCCUGUGUCUGCUGAGGAGGUUUUAAAAGUUUAAGUGCUUGCUGCUAGCUGAGAAGCUUGGGUCAAGCUUGCCAUUCAGUCUUUGGUCACAGGUUCAGCCUCCAGAAAUUUUGUGUUAUAAAAAGUUAAUAUAGCACAUUUGAAGUAGUGGAAAUAUGUUGGCUUGAAUGGGAUUGCUUGUUUGUAGUUCUACAUGAAAAGUGCAGUGCAAAAAAAGAAAAGGUUGUUUAUAGACUUUUUUUAGCGGUAUGUUGAAGAUUUUUUUUAAGUGUUGGCAUUUAAUACUGCAUACUUUAUCUAUGCAAUCCCUAACAGUUCCUUUUUAAAAAGGGUAUUCAGCAUAUGUAAUGAAACGGGUAUAUUACAGUGAAUCUUGCAUAAAUUGAUUGUUCUGUCAGUGUCAAAAGAGAAUCCAGAGACAGCACUACUGAUUAAUAGCAAUCAAUAAUUGAUGUAAAUUUAAAUUGAAAUAAGUAAAGCAAGGAGAGUAGUAUUUUUUAAUCAACUUGUUUAUAAGUUGUAGUAAAUUGUGUUUUGGUGAAGAUAAUUAAAUUCGAUAUCAAUGUUUAUAACGCUGGUACAGUCUAUAGAUGUCUUUAUAGCAUGUUUUAUUUUCAAAAGUAAAAACAGUUUUCACAAAAUGAAUAAAGUGCUCUUAAACAUUUUUCAUCUUAUCAAAGCUUA